GCACCGUUUGCGAACGACGAACGGCGAUGGUGCUAGCGAUCUUUCAACGGCGGCCCCGACACCAUGCUUCAGUCGAGGGAGGCGAGCUCACGUUGGGAGACAUUUUGUCGCCGUCCGCCUGGGUUGACAAGAAGGAUCGCAUGGGGUGCGCGGACUGCGGGCUCAAGUUUAACAACCUCUUCCGCCGACGCCACCACUGCCGGCUCUGCGGCGACUUGUUUUGCAAGUCGUGCGUCGUGCAGAAGCGCCUGGAAUCGUAUUCGUCGCAGCUCCACGACGUGGCGACGGCGCCAACCAUCAAGAUCUGCCGCGGCUGCGCCUACAACCACGAUAGCAACUCGCCGACUCUAACGGGGUCUGGCGCGUCCGCCACCAUGAUGUCCAUGUUCCAUCGGCGCUCUUUGACCAAGCAAUCGGCGACCAAGCGCCACGUAAAGGACCAACUGAGCAAAUCCUGUCGCGGCCGCCUCGUCACGGCUCCGUUCGCGAAGACGACAGACACACAUGUCCACCCUCUUGUCGUCCCCACUGCAGAAAGCCAAGCACAAGCCGACGAGCGGCGCCGUGUUCGAGCAGUCAAGAAACUCAACGCCGCCACGAUCGACAACCUUACCAUCCUCUGCGACACGUGCGCCGCGUUCGAGUUGUGUCCCAUGGCGUACGUGACUUUGAUCGACGACACGACUCAGCACAUCAAAGCAAGUGUUGGGUUUGGUGCGUUGGCAUCCAAGGCCCGCGGUGAUGCCGACCUGUGUGACUGGGUGGUGACCACUGCCGAACCGUUGGUUGUGUUGGAUGCAGCCCAAGAUCUUCGCUUCCGCCACACGUCGUUGGUCGUGGAUUGGUCUAUCCGAUUCUAUGCUGGCGUGCCGUUGGUCGAUGACAAGGGCUGGGUAGUCGGCACACUUGCCAUCAUGGACACAGUCCCUCACACGUCGUGCGAUGUGCUGCCGCUGAAAGCCAUGGCGUCUGGAGCGCUCCUUGCCUUGUGUGACCUUCGGGUUCCGACCGAAGGUGGAAGCCACGAUUCCGCCACGAAUCUGCACUCCAUGCCCCGACCUCAUGUCUUGCUAGCGACCCCGACCACCCUUUCGCCGCGAUCGGCCACCAAUUCACCAAGUCCCCGACGACGCUCUCCCACUGCAUGCUCCCCCUUCGACGGCAUGGACGCGUCGUUGAGUAGCCGCAUGCUGAACGUUCUCAACACGUCGACGAACACCCAACUGCAGUUGGCGCAGCAACAAGGUCAUCUGGCACACACCAUGUCGAACCACUCUGACAUGAUCAGCCGGUUAGCGCUUGCGAUCGAGCGCAUGGAGUCCAAACUCGCCUCGCCUCUCAACCUCCGCGACUCGUCAACUCCAACCGAAGGAGCAUGACCACGUUAUACUAAUAAGAGUCCUAUUUAUUGCGCCUCA